AGAAACUCUUUUCAGUCCUAUAAUUCUAUAUCUAAUUUUCCUGCAAAUAAGAGAAAAUGAAAUUAAGGGUGACCUUAGCUUCGCUUUCACGAGCACUACUACCAUUUUCAAGGGGUAAAAUGCAGAGGGAUAUGAACGGUGUCGCAAAUAACGAUCCCGUUCAGCAGCCAAUGUCCUUCGACGUUGUUGGGCUACCUACAGCGGCAAUAAUGGAGGCUGAGCUCGCAAUAGCAAAAACGUCAGUGUGGUGGGACUUUGAAAACUGCAUGGUACCUAAAGGUUGUGAUGGCAGUGCCAUUGCUCAUAACAUUAAGUCAGCUUUGUUGGAAAGGAACUACUGUGGUCCGAUCACCAUUUAUGCCUAUGGUGAUACCAAUAAAAUGUCUAUUAGCAAUGAGAAAUAUGAUAUAACAGGGGUUAAAGAUGGGAGCGACAAAAAGAUCCUUGUAGACAUGUUAUUGUGGGGAAUGGAAAACAAAGCUCCUGCUAAUAUAAUGCUCAUAUCUGGUGAUAGAGACUUUGCUUACGCUCUUCACCUGCUAGGGAUGAAAAAAUACAACAUUCUUCUGGCGCAACCUGAGAAAGCAUCUCCCUUUCUAAUUGCAGCUGCAAAGACGGUUUGGUUUUGGAGAAGCAUAGUUGCAGCUGGUUCUGUCUCUGCCUCUAAGGUUCUUAAACAAACUAAGCACAGCGAAAUGAGCGAGAAGUCCUGCGAAAAAUGA